UAUGAUUUUCCGUAAGCAAAAUUGUAUCUUAGUCAGUAUAUAGUGUCAUAAAUAUUGACUGUUACUUCGUAGGUACUUCUUUUUAUUACUUAAGAAAAUCGUUGAAUAGUUCCGUGCUGUUUUUCAAUGAGAUAUUGACGACGAAUAUUUACUUAGUAAUUGAUUAAAACAUAUGGUAAAUUAAUUUAGCAGUAUCAUCUGCUUAUAUUUCUUAUAUCUUAUCAUAUCAGGCUUUAUACAGGACAUAUGGUGCAUUUCUGCUGUUAAGAAAAUUCUGGCUUUUUUGUUGUUCUGAAAAUACCUCUUAACGGUUGAAUUACUGAAAAUGUUUUUUAGAUUCGCGUUCCUGUUUAAAUUGAUAUUUUUCAAUAACCUCGUUUCUAUCUCAUGCCCUCCAGUUCCUGUAGGGCCUCCUGUUACUGAAGAACCAUCUACUACACCAGGAUCGGCAGCAUCGCAAGCUGUUGAUCUAGAAACUGAUCAUGUUGGUACAGAUUUAGAUGGGAUGAAGGCAUUAUUUAAUGCAACUUUAUCGGACUAUGACACAAGAAUCCGGCCAAGAAUUGACCAAUCCCUUGUUGUUAAUGUUAACACUACCUUCGUGCCACAGAGUGUUCUGCAUUUUGAUACAUCAGAGCAGAAAUUCUCUGUCCUCGGUUACUUCAGGAUUGAAUGGAAAGACGAAGUGAUGACGUGGAAUCCCGAUGACUUUGCGGGGACGAAUUAUGUAAAAGUUCCUAUUACUGAAAUAUGGACACCGAGCCUAAUUAUACUAAAGGCCUUUGACGGUGACGGUGUUGUUGGCAGUGCUAAAACAGACAUUGCUAAAAUCUGGUCUGACGGUUCUGUUCAGUGGGUACCAGAAAGUAUAUACAGCGUGGUUUGCAAUGUGAACAUCAAGUUAUAUCCGUUUGAUCAACAAGUCUGCACAGUUACAUACUACGUGUCUGAUGAGACUAUAACAACCGUUAUGCUUGACCAUCCUUAUAGCGUCACUCUGGACGAAUACACGGAGAAUUCAGCAUGGAAAAUAAUCAUUCUAAGCCAGAGGAAGUACCUCUUAUAUAACACGUACCACAUUGACAUGGAAUUCAAGCUUCAAAGACGAGCUAACUUUGCAACAUGUACUUUGAAUAUGCCUCUCCUGAUGUUAGCCUUUCUAAAUAUCUGCGUGUUCCUUGUUCCAGUUGGGUCUGGGGAGAAAGGUUCUUUCGCAAUUACCAUAUUCCUUUCUUACGGUAUUUUCGUUACAAUCAUAAGUAACACUCUACCGGACAACUCCCUUCAAAUUUCUUACUUUAUACUUUUCAUCAUCGUCCUGCUCUUUAUGAGCGUUCUUUCCGUCGUGUACACCAUCAUACAAGCCAAACUUAUGUCAAGUAUGGGUGACAAAGAAUGCAGCAUCAAAUGUUUUCAACCUAGAAAACCCGUGAUAAUGAGACCGACACCUUUUGAUCCAACAAAAGGAUAUACGGAUGACGAAAAUGAUCCAGCAGAUUGUAAACCUGUCAGCAGAAAUGACGAAGAUGAUGAGAUAUAUACAUGGGCAAUGUUUCUGGAGAAACUCGACGUGAUUCUCUUCAUCAUCUUCUUUGCUCUGGUACUCUUAGCAACGUCUGCUUUCUUUAGUCUGAUGCUUCAAAGAGUAAGCGAGGAUAAGUUUAGUAAAAUAUAG